CGUGCCUUCCCAUGAUCCUCCGAGGCGGUUGCCCUCCCCCUCGGCCGACUCCUGCUCCCCUCCCCCACAGGAUCGCGACAAUACCUCGGCUUUCACAGUCACUGCUCGCGCAUCGCUCGAGAAAAGAGCAUUUCUCCAGCAGCUGAGCCGGUGUUCUAUCGCUCGCUACCACAAGAGGGUCUACUCGGACAGUAAAUCUUCGAAGGAUUCUAAAUCCGGAAAGUCGGACAUGUCGGUCGACCAGGCGACUCUCGACAAGCUCGAGGCAGGCUUCAAGAAGCUUCAAGAUGCCAAGGACUGCAAGUCACUCCUCAAGAAGUACCUCACCAAGGAGAUCUUCGACAGGCUCAAGACCCGCAAGACAGCCAUGGGUGCCACGCUCUUGGACGUCAUCCAGUCCGGUGUGGAAAACCUGGACAGCGGCGUAGGCGUGUACGCGCCAGACGCCGAGUCUUACACGGUGUUUGCUGACCUGUUCAACCCGGUGAUCGAGGACUACCACGGUGGAUUCAAGCCCACCGACAAGCACCCACCCACCGACUUCGGAGACAUGAACACAAUCGUGAACGUGGACCCCGAAAACAAAUACGUCGUAUCCACCAGGGUACGCUGCGGUCGCUCGCUGCAGGGCUACCCGUUUAACCCGUGCCUGACCGAGGCCCAGUACAAGGAGAUGGAGGACAAGGUCAGCUCUCAGCUCAAGGGUAUGACUGGCGACCUCAAGGGCACCUACUACCCUCUCACGGGCAUGGACAAGAAGACGCAGCAGCAGCUCAUCGACGACCACUUCCUGUUCAAGGAAGGAGACCGUUUUCUGCAGGCGGCCAACGCCUGCCGCUAUUGGCCCACCGGAAGAGGCAUCUACCACAACGACGCCAAGACCUUCCUUGUCUGGGUGAACGAGGAGGACCACCUGCGAAUCAUCUCCAUGCAGCAGGGUGGUGACCUCAAGCAGGUAUAUAGCCGCAUGGUGAGCGGCGUCAAGGAGAUCGAGAAGAAGCUGCCAUUCUCGCGGGACGACCGGCUCGGAUUCCUGACCUUCUGCCCCACAAACCUGGGCACCACCAUUCGGGCCAGUGUGCACAUCAAGCUGCCCAAGCUGGCCGCUGACAAGGCCAAGCUGGACUCCAUCGCGGCCAAGUACAACCUCCAAGUGCGAGGCACCAGGGGUGAGCACACAGAAAGCGAAGGUGGAGUGUACGACAUCUCCAACAAGCGUCGCAUGGGUCUCACCGAGUACCAGGCCGUCAGGGAGAUGCAGGACGGCAUCCAGGAACUGAUCAAGCUCGAGCAGGCCGCCUAGAGGUGGCGCCACAUCUCACCGCCACAACCUGCCCUCUCCCCCUCCCAUCCACUACCCUGAUGCGUGCCGCUGCGCACGUUCCAUGACAAUGCAGUGGUUCGAUUCGUGCUGGAACACGGCUGCGGAGGCCACAGUGCAGCCGUCGAUGCACGGCUGGAGGAGUAGCGGUCAUCCUUGUCUUUCUGUGUGACAAUGAUGAUUCCCGUGGGCGUGAGUGGCAAGUCUCCGUAGGUCAUGCGCCUGCACCAGGUUAAGCUUCAAAGCUACCGGUUCCGUGCACUCAGCUACAGAGGUCAUUUAACGAAGACAAGCUUCGGGAGCAUGCACGUGUCGAUAUUGGGUGAACAGGCACAUUCUGAAGUGCACGGUUUUAAGCAAAAGCGGCCUUUGACGCGCGUCGAUUAACGUCGCUGUUAUUGGGUGAAGCAACGCAACAACGAAGUCGGAAUCACGCACGACGGUAUACACGGUUCUUGCUUGCCCAAGGCAGCAGUUAAUGUCUAAGUGCACUACCGAGGCAAAAAAAUCCUCCUCAGUGCAGGAUCAAGCCAGCGCGCUCGACAACGACUGCUCUAGAAGACUGGAGGAGUGCACGAUCAUAUGGCAAUGGUAAUUGCCAGAUAUAGUCCCGGAACUCUCAAACCUUAAGUUGCCUUUUUGUUGAGGACUCGUCGGGUUUCCAAGGAUGCCAGGACGACAUAAGACGCCGGCGUGAGGACUACGCUUACUUGAAUGCUACGUCAUUUGCAUACAUGACUGCCUUCCGAUUACUUCCAAAUCCCACGCCAUUCCUGGUUUUCUGUGGACAUGCAUAAAAUUCUAGGUCACUGACACUGCUCAAGAUACUAAAUUCCCGAGACUGGUCCGACGCAUUUACCUCAACAACGGUUGCAUUUUGACGCCGAUUACGCCAGAUAUUCCGCAAUUUAUUUCGUUCCUGCUGUUGUUACAAUUCAGGACGAAAUAUUGCCGCAAAAUGGUCAAGAAUAAUCACGCUGGUAGCGGAUCUCUAGCUCCUCGCCCUAGUGCCCAGACGUUAACUGAAUAGUCGAUAUCGUUCAGGUGACUAGGAAAAAAAGCGAAGGUUGACCGCUUUGCUGCUCCAGCCGACAUGGACGGGGGCCCCCAUGCCUCACUGCAAUUGCGCCGGCGACCUUCCUCCCCUACACCGCUUAAGCACUCAUCCCGACCUCCAUAUGAACCACACCCUGGAACAGAACAGUCGCCAAAGUUUCAGAAAGGACCACCCGCGGUUUUCAGAAGCGAUAAAGGCGAAGCGUACUGUAAACUCUGUCAAUUUGUUUCUUGUACUUGUAUAGAAUCUCGGUACAUCACUUUUGCAAUAUAGACAAGAACAAACAGAGAGGGGCUUCAGCGAAAUGCUGUUUCCUAUUUUUCGACGAAGGAAAUAGGUCGGCUAGACCGCAGUGUGCUUGUGGGGUCGCGAAAGACUAAGGUGGGACCUUGGUGCUGCUAUUUUUGAGAACGCAACGAGAGAUGAAGCAUGAGUGGGUGCCGGUAGCGUUGUUUAUUUUUCACCUCCGGUUUCUUGGUAGUCUGCAAGCCGUAGCCGCUUAUCGAGCGAUGAUCUAGCCAACAAGUACUUGUUGUACCUUUGUGCUUUUGUUACUUUAUUCUUGUUUCGUUACCUCUUCGUAAAGACAGACUGACUCGCUAUAGCCUCGACUCUAGUCAGCACAUAUAGAUAUGCUCAACGACAAGUACACGCCAGGCACGAAGCGCAGCUACUGUGCUGCGCCUUCCAUGCAGUCACGGGCGCAGCUGCGGUUGAUGGCGCCGCUACUUUUCUUGGCGGGAAGCCCAACGGAAGGUUUGUCCGACGGACGAAGUCAAUAAA